UUAAUCACUGAAAACUCGUCGUUUCACGAACCCAAUUCUGCGUUUUAGCUCUAAGCUCUCUCAUCUCACUAACCCACACAACACCGCCGCGCCGUCACUCCUGCGAGGUUGCCGCGGCGUCGUUUGACGGUGGCACCUGGGUCCUAACCAUCUCCUCUCUAAAGCAGAGUUGAAUUUCUCUGGGGGACUCGCCGUCCCUGUCUCAAUCUCGCAUCAUUGUCGUCGCCGUCACCGUCACGGAGGAUGCUGGAACAGCGUCUAAUGGCGUCCCUUUCUCAAUCUCACAAUAUGGCACUCCCUUUCUAAACGCACGCGUUUGCUGCUCUUCGUCCGGCAAGGUAAGUGAUGAUGGCGAGACUGGCUCCUCCUUUCAGUAUCUUUAGACAAUCCCAUUACUGGCGCCCACUUCUCUCUUCUCACAACGCCAAACGCACCCUAACAGCUGCUACUAACUUCUCCAUCACCUCAUUAGCUCGAACGCCCAAAUCACGAGACGAAGGAACAACCACCAUCGUUAAGCUUUCGAGCAAAGCCAGAAGAAAAGCCUUCUAUGAGUCUCCAGAAGGAGUCUUGUUGCGCAAGCUAAACGAGUGCUCGAAGGACGGAAAUGUCGCUCAAGCGCUUUGCCACUACGAUGAGGCUCGAAAAUUGGGGGUUCUACUCAACCUCGAUCACUACAACAAGUUGCUCUACCUGUGUUCCAUUGAAAGUGCUGCUGGUUUUCCCAAUUUGGGUCUCAAAAGGGGGUUUGAGGUUUUUCAGCAGAUGUUGAAUGACCGAGUUCAGCCCAAUGAAGCCACUUUUACCAAUGCUGCUAGGCUUGCUGCUGCCAAUGAAGAUCCUGACAUGGCUUUUGAAUUGCUGAAGCAGAUGAAGAAUGUUGCUAUUGCUCCGAAGCUGAGAUCGUAUGAGCCGGCUUUAUUUGGAUUUUGCAAGAGGGGUGAUGCAGAGAAGGCUUAUCUAGUUGAUGCUGACAUGGUUGAGUCUGGGAUUGUGGCGGAAGAGCCCGAGCUUUCUGCUCUUUUGGAAGUCAGUGUCAAUGCCAAGAAGGAAGACAAGGUGUAUGAUAUUUUGCAUCGAUUGCGCUCUACGUUGAGGCAGGUAUCUGAAUCAACUUUGGGGAUAGUUGAGGACUGGUUUAACUCAGAGUAUGCUGCAAAAAUUGGGAAGGAGAAGUGGGAUGUUAAGAAGGUGAGGGAAGGCAUUGCGCAGGGAGGUGGAGGAUGGCAUGGACAAGGGUGGCUUGGGAGUGGGCGGUGGAAGGUGGCGAAUACUCAGGUGAACGAGGAUGGGGUGUGUCCCUUGUGCGGGGAGAAGCUUGUGAGCAUUGAUAUUGAUCCAAAAGAGACUGAAAAUUUUGCUGCAUCAUUGUCUAAAUUAGCUUGCCAAAAAGAAGCUAAGGCAAACUUUGUUCAUUUUCAGACAUGGCUUGAGCAGCAUGGUCCAUUUGAUGCUGUUGUUGAUGGUGCCAAUGUAGGCCUUGCCAAUGGGCAUAAUUUCAGCUUUUCACAGCUUAAUACUGUUGUUGAACAAUUACGUCAAAUAAGCCCUUCGAAGAGAUUGCCACUUAUAAUUUUGCAUAUAAGUCGGGUACGUGGUGGUCCCGCUCAGAAUCCAAAAAACAUGAGACUUAUAGAAAAUUGGAAAAAAAACGGUGCUCUUUAUGCUACACCUCAAGGUUCAAAUGAUGACUGGUAUUGGUUAUAUGCUGCUGUUAGUUGUAAAUGCUUACUGUUAACAAAUGACGAGAUGAGGGACCACUUGUUCCAACUAUUGGGUUCUAAUUUUUUCCCGAGAUGGAAGGAAAAACAUCAGGUUCGAACAUCAGCAUCAACAUGUGGGCACUCCAUAAUUAUGCCUCCCCGUUAUUCAAUAGUUAUUCAGGAAUCAGCCAAUGGUAGUUGGCAUGUGCCAACUGUAACUACUGAUGAUCAUGAAAUCCCAAGGAAAUGGUUGUGUGCCACAAGAUCCAGAAAAGAUUCAUUACAUAAUCUAUGGACAUCCUCCUCCAAGUCUGAUUGCACAUGAGGGAGUUGUAUUUUCAUCUGGGUUUGUUUUCAGUAGUCAUUCCGGUUUUUUCUCAUCCCGAGUUGCAGUUCCUAGCAGCUUUGAUGAAUGCAAGGCAUAAGAUACAGUGCUGCUACUAUUCCCCUCUGAUUUUUGAGAAAUUUUAAAUUUUUUGUAGCUCAAUUGUUUUUUUUUCCUUUGGCUCCAGGCUGCCCAGGAAAGCAGAAAGUUUCUCCUUCCUGUUGGAAUAUCUUUAAAUUUUAUUUAAUAGCUGAUAUUGCUACCAGUAUUCAGAAAUAAUGCUUUAAAGUAAAAUCUAAGCAGCAUGGAUCAGAUGGCUUGGGGGAGUAUCUUAUUGGUGAAGCUAAUUUGUCCCAUGUAUUCUGCUCAAGAACUUUUGUCAAGUGGCAUUAAGUUAUUUUAGGAGCUGAUUGAUCACAGGAUCGAAACUGAGUCCAAUUUAGCUUUACCUACACUUUAGUCUGCCUCUGUAUACCUCCUAUGUAACAAAAAUAGAAUAGCAUUGUUGUGCAGCUUGUGCUAGAAUACUUUUCCUGAAAAUAGAUUUGGUGUUAGUGAUGAUUAUUUGGGCCAUUGAGUUCCAGACAUGGAUGUAUGGACAGGAUUCAUACAACAAUUUUGGCCCCUUCAGUUUAUACAUUUGAUUUGAUGUGCAUCAUGUAUGAGGAAGCAUUGAGAAAUGUUGUUUUAUACAAUUUUGGGACAUUUGUCGUCCCAUAGGAUUUUUAUGAAGUACUCUGUCUAACCCUUUAUAUAAGAUUCUUUCAUCUAA